AUGAUUUCAAGUCGUGUUUGCAGAGUUAAUGUUUUAUUUUUACGUAAUGCUGCUUCAAAAGUUAAGAUUUUAAACCCCUCUGCAGAUGUCUUACCAUUUAAAGGAAUUGAUGCUGCUAAAAAGCCUGUUAGUGUUAAACUUGAAGCAGGGAAAACAUAUUCUUGGUGUGCUUGUGGUUACAGUAAGAUACAACCCUUUUGUGAUGGAACACAUAAUAUGUCAGGUUUCACUAUGAAUAGACCUGUAAAAUUUCAAGUUGAAAAGGAUGGAGAAUAUUUGUUGUGUAACUGUAAACAAACUGAUAAACGUCCUAUUUGUGAUGGAGGACAUAAGAAGGUGUCACCAGUUCCAAGAAAUAUAAAUGCAUCAAGAAUGGUUAGAUUUGACAAUUCUCCUGUAUAUGAAGGAGUAGCUAGGGAUCUAGGAUAUAAGCAAAAAGAUGGUGGAUUCCAAUAG